ACACACAUGAUAAACACAAAAAUACGAUAACAGUGUAGAAGAUAUCAGAGCGUGUGUAGCUGUUUAGACAAGGAAAAAUGAUUGCUUAUUUUACUGUUAUAUUUAUUGUAUUUUUAUCAUGGAAAUUUUAUAAGUCAUUGAAGAAAUGGCUGUACUUGAGAAAUCUUGUGGCGGGAAUUCCUUUGCAUCCAGAUAAUCAUUGGCUAUUGGGAAUCUUCUAUAAGGGACAUACUUUAGAUCAAAUCAAACAACUCUUCAUUGACUUUCUGGACAGGAAUUCUCCAAAGUGGUUCACCACAUGGCUGCUAUUUAUAGAACCAGGGUUAUACCCGGCUAGCCCGGACGUAUUAAGGCAGGUGCUUACAGCAACAGACGUACCAAAGAGACAUGGAUGGGCGGGGCCAUACAGAAUGUUCUCGGCAUGGGUAGGAGAUGGUCUUCUAGUGAGUAAUGGCAGAAAAUGGGAACGGAACAGACGUUUAUUAACGCCGGCUUUUCAUUUUGACAAUCUUAAACCUUACGUUAGCGUGUACAAUCACGUAGCUGAAAUAUUAACGGAUAAGAUCAAGGAGAUAUCGAUGUCUGGUGAAAGUGUUGAUGUUUACCCGAUGGUGAGUCGAGCAACAUUAGACACCAUGUUGAGAUGUGUGAUGUCGUACAACGAUGAUACCGUACAAAAUACAGGGAAGCAACAUUCGUAUGUGGCUGCGACUCAUAGGCUUGGCAAAUUGCUGAUGGAUAGAGUUAUAAACCCGUUCAUAUAUUAUGAUUUUAUCUAUUAUCGCACGACUGAUGGCAAAGAGUUUAAGAAACUUUGUAAUGAAGUGCAUGACUUUUCAUCUAAAAUUAUCGACAAAAGAAAAAGGGAAAUUGAUGCUGGUGGACCUCAACAGGGAAAAAGAUAUCCGGACUUUCUCGAUAUAUUGUUAACUGCUAAGGAUGAGAAUGGUGCAGGAUUAUCAUAUGCCGAGAUAAGAGAUGAAGUUGACACGUUCAUGUUUGCCGGACAUGACACAACUGCCUCGGUUAUUAGCUGGGUACUUUGGUCAUUGGCAAAACAUCCGGAGAUGCAAGAUAAAGUAAGAAGUGAAGUGGAAUAUGUAUUAAACGGGAAGAAAGUACCAGAUUCAGAAGACAUCGGAAAGUUUCAAUACAUGGUUUGUUUUAUAAAGGAAGUAAUGAGAUGGUAUACCCCGGUACCUGCUGGCUCUAGAAUAUUAGAACGCCCAUUAACAGUAGAUGGUGUAACUUUUCCUGCAGGACAAAUUAUUGAUCUACAUUAUUACUUAGUUCAUCAUAAUCCGGCGGUAUGGGAUGACCAUUGGGCAUUUCGACCAGAACGAUUUUUGGCAAACAAUAGCGUUGACAGAUGUCCGUUUGCCUUUAUCCCGUUUUCUGCGGGUCAAAGAAACUGUAUCGGACAAAAUUUCGCAAUGAAUGAGAUUAAAACAAUCAUUGCUCGUGUUGUUACCAGGUUUAACUUGCGUGCUGCAGACAAAGAAGCGAUUCCACUGGCAGAAAUUGUGACAAGGGCCAAGGAUGGAAUAUACAUAAACUUUAUUGAAAGAUGAUUAUAUUACAUACAAGAUUAUAUCAUUUACAUGGCAUUACAUUUUAUUACAUACGUAAUUGUAACACAAGACAAAUCACUUUACUUUAUUUGCCAGUUCAUAAAAAAUCAAAUACGCAAAAUUUACGAUAUGGUGAAUAGCUCAUCUGUGGAUAUUGAAUAUUUAGACAUAGCGUAACAAAAUCUCGCUUGGAUGCGUGUGAAAUAUAGCAUGCAUUCUUGUUAAAUUGUGUUGUUUUGGAUUUUUUGUUGUUGUUGUUUUAUUGGUAUUUUUUACUUUCCCUUUACUUAUAUCCACCUUACUGUAAUCAGAACUAAUCGAUUUCCUGUACUAUGUAGGAAGAAAUAAGAAUAACACCACUUUAGAAAUAAGCUUUCAAUCCUAAUGAAUAAUCCGUGAUCUUAGAUCAUUUGAAUUAAUUUAUCAGUUAGGUCUUUUUAUUCUUUUUCAGCUUAAUGAUAUUGGCACUUCCUAUAUUCCCUCUAACAGAUAUUAAGAUUUAGUUUUUAUUUUAACUUAAUAUGUAAUACCUAAAAUAUUUUGAAAAGUAACUAUCUUCCUAAUUCUGUAAUUUGGCUUAUAAAUACAAGUCAUUAUAUCUGUGACUUUAAAUGUCUGUACACCUAUAUGUAUUAACAAGUUAUAUUAUUCAUUUUAAUGCAUUUUUUGAAAUUAUGAAAUGCUAUGUUUAUUUGUUGCAACUUAUUUGCAUAGUGGUUUGUAUGUUACAAAAUAAAAUAAUAAAUAUAUGUGUUUAUAGUCUGAUAUUAAGGGAAAUAAUUACUUUAACCCUACAUGAUAUAUCAUGAGUAUAUUAUCUCCCUUUGACAGCGAUCCUGUAUAUUUACAAAACGGUCAAUUAUAUUACGAUAUAUAAAUAUUUAUUCACAAACUGGUUGGGUCAUAUGAAUUUAGAUACGAAAUCUCUGCAUUACAUUAUAUUUUUUACAAGUCAUUUUAU